AUGAGGAGGCCAGCAGCAGCAGCGCCGCUAGCGCUCCUCUUGUUGCUUGCCUUUGCCCUUCUCGGCGGCGGCGGCUUAUUGCUUCUUCUUCAUCAGGUCCAAACCACCAGCUGCGGCGGCCUCCCAACAAAGGCAACAAGGACAAGGCAGCUUCUUCCUCCUCAUCCUGCGCAGGGGCGGCGGCGGCUGGGCGGCGGCGCCGGGGCGGAGGAGAAGGCGCGGCUAGGGUCCAGGCCGCCGAGCUGCCGCGGCAAGUGCAACGAGUGCAGCCCCUGCGCGGCCGUGCAGGUGCCCACUCUGGCUACCACCACGCUCUCCAACUACAAGCCCAUGGGGUGGAAGUGCCAGUGCCGCGACCGCCUCUACCAGCCCUGA